AUGGCCAGGCAACCCCUUGGGGGACGGCCACCUCGAGAUUCUGCUGCUGCCGGAAAUCGUAUGCUAAAAAUUGUUACUGAAGUUGGUUCAUCGUCGCUUACCAGCGGUAGCGGUAUGUCACCGUUUGGACAAAAUGCGGCUUCAACAAUUCGGGAUAGCAGGGAACGGGAAAAGAAGGAAAUGAGCGAUCUGAAUGAUCGUCUUGCUAGUUAUAUUGAAAAAGUAAUUUCUCGAUUCGUUAGGGCGAAAAACAGGCGAAAGAAAUAA